CCGUUGAGUGCGCACAUGCUUCCACGUAAGUGACAGGCACUGUGCGAUAUUAACCUCCCGAAAGAUCUAAAUGGGCAUCGGUUCUUCUUAAUUUUCAAAUUUCCUAAGUAUAAUCGUGAACUCUUGAAUAAGAGUCGUUGGGGAAAAUGGUGUCGGUCUUAAAUACGGUCGAUACCGGCCACGAGGACAUGAUUCAUGACGCGGAAAUGGAUUAUUACGGUUUAAGAUUGGCCACUUGUUCCAGUGACAACUCCGUGAAAAUCUUCGAUUUGAAGAACGGGUCGCACAGUUUAGUAGCCGACCUCAAGGGGCACGUUGGACCCGUAUGGCAGGUCACCUGGGCACACCCGAAAUUUGGGAAUCUGUUGGCGUCUUGUAGUUACGAUCGGAAAGUGAUUAUUUGGAAAGAACUCGGAGAAUGGACCAAGAUCUAUGAGCACACUGGCCACGAUUCUUCCGUCAACUCAGUAGCUUGGGCACCGCACGAGUUUGGUUUGGUUUUAGCCUGCGGUAGUUCUGACGGUUCAGUGUCUAUACUCACCAAUAAUGGAGACACUUGGGACACGCAAAAGAUCACGAAUGCGCACUCCAUUGGAUGCAAUGCUGUCAGCUGGUGCCCUGCUAUAGAACCCAGUCUCGAUGCGAACGGAACGCAGAGAAAUGGUUUGGUGAAGAGAUUAGCCACAGGCGGUUGUGACAAUUUAGUUAAAAUUUGGAAGGAAGAGAACGAUAGGUGGAUAGAAGAAGAUAAACUGGAAGCACACAGUGAUUGGGUAAGGGACGUUGCAUGGGCACCUGCGGUUGGACCGUCGAAAGCUGCUUUAGCAUCCUGUUCACAAGAUCGUCGCGUGAUUAUAUGGACUUCGAAUGAUUAUACCAGCUGGACACCAACUAUCCUCAAUGUUUUCGAUGAUGUUAUUUGGAACGUCAGUUGGUCGUUGACUGCAGGUAUUUUAGCAGUUAGCGGCGGAGACAAUAAAGUGUCCCUUUGGCGCGAGAACACCGAAGGACAAUGGAUGUGCAUAUCUGAGACAAAUAAAGGCCAGGGGAACCUUAAUAACACCGAUCAACGCGCGUUAUAAUAUUCGAGGGUAAAACAUAGGAUAAUAUUUUCUACCAAUAAGAAUUGUAAAUUAAAAAUAUCAUUCAAUAUUAAUAACAACUUUAUUCCGUU